AUGCACCGGACAGGAAGUUUUUCGAAAUCAAUCAAACCGCAGAUGGCGAGUUCGUCGGAGAAGGCGCCUUCCCCUGCAGCGGCGGCGGAUCUGCCGGAGCGAGGCAAGAUUACGGCGGUCAGCGGCAAACCAAAGGCCAAGACGAGGAGGCUGACGCAGGAGGAGAUCGACGGCUACAUCCGGUGCAAUGGCGUGCGCAUCCCCGUCGACUCCGUUCGCAGGGCGAGCAGGCUGAGGCUGGCCCUCACCAGCCUCGACGACCUCGGCAGCCUCCCGGUGUCGGCGGAGGGGCUGGACGACUACGUCACCAACAUGAUCCGGGAGGUAAACGCGAUCGAGGACGGCUUCCAGAAGGAGAGAGACGAGAUCGUGAAGGAGUACUACGCAAAGGGCUACGUCGAGCGCGUGGUCGGCGACGACGACGAUGGAGCAGCCGAUGAGCAGGCCGGGAGCAGCGUAAGGAACCUCAACUGAACGAACGAACGAAUUAUCAGACUGUCCCUGAUCUCGAUCCAGCAAUGCUGUUGAAUAAAUCGCCAGUCUGCUAAGCGAUGGAUACAAUAGCUAGUAUGAUCGCCCCUAGCUAGCUAUAACGCGACAAUAAAAUUUCUCUAUGUCAGCAGAAAUCCUUUUUUUCCUUCUUCCUU